AUGGGUGCAUACGGCUGCGUUGCGCUUGCAUACGAUACGCUGACCGACACCCAUGUCGCGAUCAAGAAAGUCUCCAAUGUGUUUGGACGCGAAAUGCUGACACGCCGAGCGCUGCGUGAGGUAGCCACACUGCACCAUCUCAUGGACUGCAUCAAUGUCGUGCGACUCCUGGACUUUGACACGACAUUCAUCGAGUUUUCCGAGAUUUACCUGAUUCUCAAGGCGAGCGAAGCCGACUUGUCGCAGAUUGUGCACUCGAGUCAAAUGCUCACCGAGGCCCAUGUAAAAUAUUUUGCCGCACAGUUGCUUCGUGCGCUUUUCUAUAUGCAUGGCGCGCGUAUCUUACACAGGGACCUGAAGCCGGGCAACCUACUGGUAAAUGCCGAUUGCUCUUUGUGCGUGUGCGACUUUGGUAUGGCGCGUGCAUUUGCGUGCUCCGCACUUCCAGCAUCUUUGCGCGCUAGGACGCCGGACUCUUAUCGGGGCACGCCAGACCCGUCGAACAUCGCGACGGAUUCGAAUCACGAAGAUUAUGUUUUGCCUUCGCCGCGCACACUCGAUUUUAUUCAGAGUCGCCCUCCGUCCCCGCCCGGUGCACCCUCACGUCAAUCCACGGCACGUACGCCCUUAUGGGAGCGCAGUUUUGAGCAGGGAGAGGUCCCUGCGCUUGCACUGGACGGGCCACUCCAGUUCCCGGGCGGCCCGUUGACCGACUAUGUUGCCACACGGUGGUACCGCGCACCGGAAGUAAUGCUCUGCUUCACCGGAGGUUACGGCCCGGCGAUGGACAUGUGGAGUGCUGGCUGCAUUUUGGCCGAGCUGCUGAGUGGAAAGCCGCUGUUCCCGGGGAAGGACUACAUUGAUCAGCUCGCACUGAUCAACAAUGUGCUUGGAUCGCCAAGCGAGCAUGUCUUGAACCAGAUCGGAUCGUUGCGCGCUAAGAAACAUGUGGAGUCACUUCCCGAGCGCGAAGCAGUGCCAUGGUCGCAAUUGCUGCCCGACGCACCAGCACAAGCGGUCGAUCUCCUGUCCAAAAUUAUGCAGUGGGAUCCGAGCAAGCGACUGAGUGCGGCAGAGGCGCUGGCGCACCCGUGGCUCAAGGGGUACCGCUACGGGUCGUUUGCGCUCCCCACACCCCGCCCCUUUACUCGUUUUGACGAUGUGGAAUUGAUUCACACGCCAGCUGAAUUUAAGCAGGUGCUCGAGCACGAGAGUCAACAGCUCCGGGGAGGUUUUAUGCACCGCGGAGAAGAGGGUAGCAGCGAGCUUAGGAAUGAUCACGAGAGUACGAAGAUGUCUUCAUCGCAGUCUUCCGACGAUGCACACUGGCCCGCUUUGCAGCACACUUCCGUUGUCCCCACGGCCGAACUUUCAAAGCACAAGAAUACGGACCCAGCAUCGCCCGAUCUCGAGCACGACCCAAAAAAAAUACAGCGCAGAGACCUUUUUGAGUUCUCAAUUUUGGACAGGGCGCGCGCAGCACUGAUGAACUGGUUGUAG